AAUCCCAGGGUCCUUUGGCUGAAGGACCCCGCUGAGAAGUAAACAAAAGAUGCAUGCUAGCGUUAAUUAACAUAAAGUCAUCGAUUUUAGUCGAAUUAACUUUGUGUCAACGUGUAAUUUAUUACCACGCGAUGGCAGAAGAUAAUGAACUGGAGAAGAGGGCAGUGGAGGAGCUCCUGAAGGAGACAGACAGAGCUCGGGUGAGAGCAGAGACUAUGGGCCCUGCAGGAUGGUUGAAGUGUCCCCUGCGUAGCACCAACAAGCGCUUCCUCCUCAACACCCUGCGCUCCACCGGCCUUCAGCGGCGCUCCAGUGAGCCCAGAGACGGAAACUCCGCCACGAGAGGGCGCCUGAGGAGCGAGUCCCCGGACAGGAGCCGCGACCGCAGCAGAACGCCUCCCAGAGAUCACAGGAGCAAAGGAGGCCACACAGACCAUAAACACCAUCACAGGGACAGCUGCAAUAACAAAGAUAAGAAGAAGGAUAGAGACAAAGAGAGGAGGUACAGGCACAAAGACAACAGAGACCGACAGAGACAUGGGAGGGAUGGACAGGACAGAGACAAAGACAGACUUCAUGAAUAAAGACUUGGGUCCAGGGGAGGAACUCUGAUUUUACAGAGGCCACUCCCUGAGGUGGACACUCCUGAAACUGAUCUCUGACCAGUUGACACACCUCACAGAACUGCUAGCAGACUGAAAUACCUGUCUUGUUCACUUGUCUGAGAAGACAUUACUUUAAUUUUGUAUUCCUGCUGAUGGAGUUUGUUCGUAGUUUACUAACUUUUUAAAUUAACAACCAUUUUGUAGUUGUUGAGGUUUAUUUGAUUCCACAAAAUUUCUCAUAAAGAUUAAGUUAUUUUUUCCCCUGAUUUUCCACUUAAAUUGGAGUGAAUAAAUCAAGUGGCCGUUAUA